CUGUGAAAAGCCAUACAAUCACAGCAUUGCUAUUAUCAACACAUUUAACAGUUAAUAGUAAUCACAAAACCAUAUGAACUGCGAUUGACUUAUCACCCGAUUAUCACUGAUAUUAUCUCAUCCACACCACCGCCGACACCAUCACCACCACUACAGCACCUCAUUGUCUCACACAUACGCUCAUCGUUGCCAGAGAUCAUCAACUGAUCGCUUUGUUUACAUAACAAACACACCGAUCAAACGGAUCCAAUAGCGGUGAUCGGCCGACGCAAACACCACAAGACAUGGCCAUCAAUGCGGCCAAACAGCUGUUGGACGAACUCAUGGGUCGGGAACGGGAUUUGGCGGACUCUGAGAAGAAGUCAUCGCUCGACUGGAAUGAUCCCGGGGUGUGCCGUCACUUCUUAGUGCAGUUCUGUCCGAACAGUCUGUUCACGAACACGAGGGCCGACAUCGGGCCGUGUAAUCUGGUUCACGACGACUUCCUCAAGAAGGAGUACCAGCAGAGGGCCCGCAAGAAGGAGAAGAUGGUGUUUGAGGACGAGUUCAUCCGCUUCUGUCAGUCGCAGCUCAACGAAGUCGAGCGUAAGAUAAAGCGAGCGAAACAGCGCCUGGAGAUGAGCCAACUCGAGAAGAACUCGGGUCUGACGGCCGGCAACGCCGUCCUCUCCGAAGAGCUUCAGGAGAAGAUUAAAGUGUUGACCGAACGCAUCGAUACACUACUGGAACAGAUCGAGACGUUGGGCUGCGAGGGAAAGGUAGAGGAGGCGCAGGGAGUGAUGAAACUGGUGGACAAACUCAAGGAGGAGAAGUCGGCCAUCAAGAGGGACGCCAUGCCUAACAACCACUGGAUUCAACAGAAGGCGGAGAUUGGGGCCCAACAGGAGAAGCAGAUGGAGGUGUGCGACGUGUGCGGCGCCUUCCUUAUAGUCAAUGAUGUCCAGCAACGACUGUUGGACGAACUCAUGGGUCGGGAACGGGAUUUGGCGGCCUCUGAGAAGAAGUCAUCGCUCGACUGGAAUGAUCCCGGGGUCUGCCGUCACUUCUUAGUGCAGUUCUGUCCGAACAGUCUGUUCACGAACACGAGGGCCGACAUCGGGCCGUGUAAUCUGGUUCACGACGACUUCCUCAAGAAGGAGUACCAGCAGAGGGCCCGCAAGAAGGAGAAGAUGGUGUUUGAGGACGAGUUCAUCCGCUUCUGUCAGUCGCAGCUCAACGAAGUCGAGCGUAAGAUAAAGCGAGCGAAACAGCGCCUGGAGAUGAGCCAACUCGAGAAGAACUCGGGUCUGACGGCCGGCAACGCCGUCCUCUCCGAAGAGCUUCAGGAGAAGAUUAAAGUGUUGACCGAACGCAUCGAUACACUACUGGAACAGAUCGAGACGUUGGGCUGCGAGGGAAAGGUAGAGGAGGCGCAGGGAGUGAUGAAACUGGUGGACAAACUCAAGGAGGAGAAGUCGGCCAUUAAGAGGGACGCCAUGCCUAACAACCACUGGAUUCAACAGAAGGCGGAGAUUGGGGCCCAACAGGAGAAGCAGAUGGAGGUGUGCGACGUGUGCGGCGCCUUCCUUAUAGUCAAUGAUGUCCAGCAACGAGUGGACGACCACCUGAUGGGCAAACAGCAUAUGGGUUUCGGGAGGCUUAAGACGGCGUUGGAUGACAUACUGGAGCGCCGGCGACAGGACAGGGAUCGCGAGAAGCUGGAGGCCGAGGCCGCGGUGAAAGAGGUCAGGGAUGCCAGGGAUAGGGAGCGGAACAAUCGGGAUGAGCGUCGACAUCGAGAGAGAUCGCCGCCGCACGAGAGGUCAUCGCGCGAUCGGUCCAGAGAUAGAGAGCGAACGGCGGCGGCAACGGCUCAGGGAGGUCAAGAGAGGUCGCGCGAGAGGGACUCCCGGCGCCAUUCGGAGCGCUCCGAGAGGUCAGACAGGAGUGAUAGGAAUGACAGAACUGUUGACAGAAGUGAUAGGAAUGAGAGGAAUGAUAGGAAUAAUGAGCGAAACGACAGGAAUAAUGAAAGGAAUGAUAGGAAUAACGAUAGGAAUGAGCGCUCGUCGCGACACAAACACCGGUCGUCGACCAGUUCCCGAAGAUCCCGAUCCCGAAGUCCCGCAGAUCGAGAGCGCGAGUCCUCCCACCGGUCGUCGCGAUCGCACCGUUCGAAAGGCUCGUCCAGUCCUAUCAGAAACUAAUGUAUACUACAGUCAUGAGAGAGUAAGAGAUGUCCAAAACUAGAGGUAAGUCUUUUGCUGUCAUUCCCCAUACGAUUAGUGUUAUACCCGUUUGUAUGACUUGUUGUUUGACUUAUAGAAGUCUCUAUUUAAACCCAUUUAUGUUAUGAAUGUUAUAAACCAUUUAAUAUCUGCGACCGACAGUAAUAUGUCUGCGAAAUGGCAUUUGUCUGUCAGACACACACUUCCGACAGACAAUCGGACAGACAGUGCACUCUCAAAGUGAAGACCACAAGUAAUCCAUUUGAAUAAAAGUACACUUUUAUGACUCGUUUCAAUAGGUUUUUAACGAUUUUAAUACUCACAAAAUGGGCGCAUAUUUAUAGUUUAGUCAUUAAAUUAUUAAUUAAACUAUUGAUUAAUAUUUUAUGUGUUAUUUCACGAGGAUUUUCACCGAUUUUUCCAACUUUUUUUGUUUUAGGUUUUCAGUGCCCCACUGGAAAUGAAUCGCAAAAUAAUAAUAUUCAUAAUAAAUACACAAAUCAUUAUUGGCUUUAAAUUUUGUAAUUAUAAAUGAGAAAACCACUGAAUUCUAUACGGUAAUCGCGAGUACCUGGCUAACUCUAUGAGUGAAGUGCGAUAACUGUAUUACAGGUUUUUGAUAAUUUGUUUGUUUUUUCGUUGAAAAAUAUAUAAUAAUUUAAUAACAAAUUCUUAUUAUAUAAGAGAAUGUGUUUUAAAAAACAAUCAACAAAAUACAAAUAGACAUAAUCGCUUAGACAAACACACAAACAGGUAUUCCCUCUCACUAUUUAAAUUGAUUGUAAAUUUUAUUUUUAUUUACUGGAACUCCUAUUUUUGUUUAUUAUACUUUUAAUUAACGUUUUUGUGUUUAUUAAGAAAAGUAGAAACUUCUGUAACUUUAAUGUAAUUAUUUGUAGAGAAAAACAAAAUACUAUUUUAUUGUAAUUUCCUAUUCAUACUGAAUAGUCAGUUAUAAUGACUUUUUUGAUUUAAUUAUAAAAAUAUAUGAUUAUAAUUAAUACGAUUAGAUAUAACACCACAAAUAUCGGUCUUUAAUUGUAGGGCACCGACACAUUACAUCCCGUUUCCCUCUGUAUGUCUCUCCGCACACACAACACACGCAUUGAGUGUGUGUUUAGCAAAAAACACUGAAUUGUUUUGCAGAGGUAUUCAUAUCUUAUUAUUUAAUUAAAACAAAACAAAAACUUUUUUUAAUCACUUUUUGUUUGCCGAGAGUUUUCCCCGACUUUUGUAUGUUUUCUCUCGAAAUGAAUGACAAUAAAGAAAACAAUAAUCAGAAAACAAA